CCCGAGCACGUCAUGUAGGCCCAUUCAUAGCGGGGUAACAAUUAGAAGCCUUAGUAAUAUUCUCGCCAUCCUUGUGCAACCGCAAAACAACUACUAUAACCAUCAUCUUAACGCCUUUAAACGACCUGACAAGUUCGCUCAAUCUCAGAUCUUCACCAACAAUCAAGAUGGCGCAAUCCCUCCGCUCCCUCCUCGGCGCAACCGCGGGCACAGCAUCGCCGUCCGACUCCGCGCUCCUCAUCAUCGACGCCCAAAACGAGUAUGCUUCUGGAGCAUUGACCGUCACCAAUGCACCGCAAAGCCGAAAAGUGAUUGCAGAUUUGCUUGAGAAGUAUCGUGCUGCGAAUAGCAAGAUCGUGCAUAUCCUACAUAAAACGCCGGAAGGUGCACCAAUCUUUACUCCCGGAACGGACUUUGCAGAUGAGUUCAAGGAGUUGAAACCAAAGGACGGCGAGACGACGAUUGGGAAGCAAUUUCCCGGCGCCUUCGAACAGACUAACCUUCAUGAAACCCUAGAAUCGUUGGGCGUAAAGAAAGUGGUAUUGGUGGGAUACAUGGCUCAUGUUUGUGUCUCUACGACAGCUCGCGAAGCGUCUCAAAAGGGUUAUGAGGUUAUCCUAGUUGAAGACGGCAUCGGCGAUCGCGAUAUCCCUGGCGUCAAGGGUGACGAAGUCACGAGGGUUGCGCUAGCAGAGUUGGCGGAUGCGUUCGGCACAGUUGUGAAGAGCUCCGAGAUUAAGUAGGUAUAUAAACGAGGGGCAACCUAACUCAAGCAGAAUGAAGGAAUAGACUGAGAACAAUGGGUUGUCCCGAGUGCAAAAGUAUCAACUAAACGGGCCUACCCUAGCUUCAUAACAGUAACAGUAUGCACAUACUUCACUUUUCCCGCG